AAGAGGAGGCACGCGGACAGAAAGUCGACGCACUCGCAGCGGAGGUCGACCAGCAUGUGGCACCUGGCGCCGAACAGCGGGCAGAGUCGGAGCGUGCUGUUCUCCAGUGGAAAAAGAUAGUGAAAAUCGAUGGCUGGAGAACAAGAGGAUGUGGUGAGCAGUUACAUGACCGAGGAGGAGGAGGAGGCAAAACUCAGGAAAGCUGCAGCCCACUGCGAGGAGAAGACAGUGGGUGGAGAAAGUGAUGGACUGCGGACAGAAACUGGGGUCAGGACCUGGUCAAUGAAGUGGAGUCACGAGGAAAUUGAAGUUACACCAGUGACCUUCCGGUUAGGAUUUGUGCUCCCUGAGUGACCCCUUAGUUCUGCAUGUCCGUGCUGUUAGUGCGUCCCACGGCGUCCUUUGCAUUGGUCUCAUUUGAAGCAGUAUUUGUGCCGCAGCACACAGCACACACUGUGCUGCGUCGCCAGCGAAGGCACAACCACGGUCUGGAAGAAGUCUUUCAGAAGGCCAACCUGGAACGGGAGUGCAGAGAGGAAGUCUGCUCGAUGGAGGAGGCCAGGGAGGUGUUCGAAAACGAUGAGAAAACUAUGGAGUUCUGGGCCGGGUACAUCGACGGAGACCAGUGUGACCCAAACCCCUGCCAGAACAACGGGAAUUGUGUGGACGGACUCAGCUCUUAUUUAUGCUACUGCCAGCCGAACUUCAGUGGCAAGAACUGUGAAAUUGAUGUGACUCAGCAGUGUUCAGUCAACAACGGAGGAUGUUCCCAUUUCUGUGGGAUGCAGACGAACCGGGUUGUGUGUCGAUGUGCCGUCGGUUACAGACUGGGGCCAGAUAGGAGGACCUGUGAGCCAACGGUGCAGUUCAGCUGUGGCCGCGUGAACAUGUCCUCCAGCCUGAACACCAGAUCCUUCUUCAGCCCUCGGUCACUAAACACAACAAGAGACAACUCAAGCAACGCCUUCAAGGAGGACUAUGAAGACGACAUAGCAGAGCUGUAUGACUACAUGUACUCCGGCGUGAAUGAUUCGGACCAGUUCAACGCUCAGCCGAGUGAGGCUGUUUCAAGCAGCAGGAAGGCCAGAAGUGCCACUGAAACACCAACAGAAGCAGAGGAGAAGUUCUCAUGGGCCUUCCCCACACUCCCAACCAUCACAGCAGAGCGCAACACCGACCAGAGGAUUGUUGGAGGCGACGAAGCCAAGCCUGGAGAGAUACCUUGGCAGGUAUCCCUGAUGUCUCACUCGGAUGUCCUGAAGAGAGCACAGCCCUUCUGCGGCGGGGCUCUGCUCAGUGAGUUAUGGGUGAUCACAGCAGCCCACUGCCUGGUGCAGGCUUCAGUUUCUCAGCAGAAGUUCUUCAUCAGAGCAGGUGAGCAUGAUGUCAGCCUGGCUGAGGGUCCAGAGCGAGAUCACGAAGUGGCCGAGGUGCAUCUCCACCACCUGUACAAUUUCGAAAAGUCGCAGUACAACCAUGACAUUGCGCUGCUGAAGCUUUCCACUCCAGUGGAGCUGUCCAGUCACAGGCGUCCCGUCUGCCUCGGGCCCAAAGACUUUACCGAGAACCUCCUGAUGGAGGCCAGCGGCUCCUUGGUGAGCGGCUGGGGACGUCUGAAGUUUCAGGGCCCCCAAGCCGACAAGCUGCAGAAGCUGCAGAUCCCCUACGUGGACCGCGCCACCUGCAAGCAGAGCAGCCGGGACCACGUCACGCGCUUCAUGUUCUGCGCCGGCUACCGAAACAUCCAGAAGGACGCGUGCCAGGGGGACAGCGGCGGGCCACACGUCACCAACUACAAGGGCACUUGGUUCCUGACGGGCAUCGUCAGCUGGGGCGAGGAGUGCGCCAAGGAUGGGAAGUACGGUAUCUACACCCGAGUGUCGCGAUACUACGCAUGGAUCAGUCAGACAACAGGAAUCCGAACAAAUUCUUAG